AUGGCAUUACCUUGGCACAUUCCCUUAGAAGCAUUACCAUCGCUCAAAAAACAUUCGGAACCUCCACAGCCAUCUCUCAUGAAACAUUACGCUAAUCUAAAUAUUAAUGGAAACCCUUGUGAAGAACUUCAAACAGGGUUAAUGUGCGACAUUGGUAUUAGUAAUCGAGAACCUGCUUCAAUUCAAAGAUUAAUAGCUUCUGGAAUGACAGUCGCCCGUCUCAAUAUGCGAAAUUUAGAGCCUGAUGCUUGUGCUCAGUUGGUACAAAGCGUAAGACAAGCAGUUUAUAAUUACAGUGCAGAACUAGAGUAUGUUUACCCCUUAGCGCUUAUAGUUGAUGUUCGAGGACCUGAUAUAGUUACUGGAGAUCUAAAGGCAGGUCCUCGUUCAACCGUAGAAAUAUUGGAAGGUUCAGUGAUAAGACUAACAACCGACGCCAGUUGGCGUGAAAGUGGUAUGGCGGAUUGUUUGUUUGUUGGUUACGAUCAUUUAACGGACUUGCAACCAAAUGAUAUAGUAUUCAUUGACAGUUUAACUCCUGGAAAGAUUAAAUUAAUUGUAACUGAAGUUGGAGACGACUCUAUUGAAUGUAAGGUAGUCGCCGGAGGAACCAUUGGGCCUAAAAUGACGGUACGCAUAUCCCAAGUUCCUCGUGAUGUAGACGACAAUAAAGGAGGGAAAGAUACUGAUUCUGAACCCUGUAGUGAUGACUCGAUGGAGCCUUUUGAACAUAUGGAACAACAAAUUUCCUGGGCUAUUGGAGCUGAUGUAGAUGCGGUAUUAGUUCCAAAUACUCAAACUGUGACAGAUAUUCGCUUAGUAAAAGAGAUACUUGCAGAAAAAGGAAAACACAUUUUGGUGUUUGCAUGUCUUGACACCGCGUUAGGACUGGAAAAUAUUGACGAUAUUCUCUUUGAGGCAGAUGGUCUGUGCAUAGAUAGAUCUGUAUUAAGUACCGAUUUACCAGUCGAAAAGAUUUUCAUUGCUCAAAAAAUUAUCUUAUCAAAAUGUAAUCUGUCCGGGAAACCUUGUAUUUGCAAAGCCGUAAUUAAUGAACAAAUUCCAACACUUUGCGUAAACGAUAUAGCCAAUCUGGUACUAGAUGGUGCAGAUGUACUCGCCUUAGAAUUACAUUACGGUUCUCCUUUAAAGAAAUUUGCACCUACGUACGACGCGAUUCGAAUGGCCGAGCAUUGUCUUGCCGCUGCUGCUGUAAUUUGCAGACAUGCUGAACGAAUUACAUGGCAACCACAGGUAUACGGAAACAUGGAAUUAAUGCAAAGUCCGUUAGAAGAGCCUACUAAAGCUGUAUGUGUCAGCGCUGUGGAACUGGCUAUGAGGUCUCGAUCUGUUGUAAUAAUAUGUUUAACGAAUUCUGGACGCACUGCUAAAAUUCUUUCACAUGCUCAACCAUUGUGCCCGAUUGUGGCAGUAACUAGAUCUUGUCAUACAGCACGACAACUGCGGUUCUGGCGAGGUGUGCGAGCAAUGCAUUACUUUGAAGUAAACAAAGGAAGUUGGGAUUCAGAAAUUGAAGCUAGAAUUCACGCAGCUCUUGACUAUUGUAAGGCAAAAAGAAUUUUACGAGCAGGAGAUGCUUACGUUAUUGUAACAGGUUCUCGUCGUGGAGUUGGUUAUUGUGAUUCUGUAAGACUUUUGUAUGCAAGUGCUCGAGAUACUGUACUUAUGGAAUAGAUUGCUAUACUUGUCAAUUGAUAUGUUAAUGUUGUAUUUUAUUGUACUUACGUUAUAGCAACAAUGCUGUUAUUAUUGUUUUAGAAGAUAGUUACAUGUUAUUUUUAAUUU